UCUGGUGGGCUUUAUUUAAUCAGACCUGUAAGUCGCUAUCGGAGUUUCAAAAUAUGUACUUCACUUUAACACUGAAAGUCUUAUUGGAAUUUCGGAAUAAUAAGCGAUACCUGAAAAUCUACGAAUUGAGUCCAACUGUGAAAAUCGAUCGCUGGAUUUUAGAGAUUGAAAGCCUUUUUAAAGAAAACACCGACCUAACCAUCUUUUUAAACCGUUUGUUUAACCAACGAUGGACUGAGAUCUGGAAUGAAUGGGAACCAAGCAUAUUGGACACAUUUGCCAGUGUCUUUAUCGGCAUGAUAAAGGAUACAUUCAAUCAAAUUCCUUACGAUGACUUGUUUCUACCAGAUGAUAAUUCAUCUUGAUGGGAUAUCCUAUAUUUCCCCCGACUAUGAUAUAACAACGUGCCAAGUUUUGCAAAUAAUCAAUUUUUUUAUGGGUAUUGUGCAGUUUUAGGUUCGCUUGUUCUAUAUAUAUCUUUACAGAAUUAUCAGUCUGCAGAGUUGUUUGAAUUGGGCCGAUAUUUGUCUUAUUUAUAGUUAAUAGGUAUUUAUAUAGGUUAUAGCUUCUUGGUCAGCAUCAAUAGCCGAGUUGAUAUAGCUAUGUAUUAGUUAUCGGAUUCGCUUUCUUGACCACAUUUUUGAGCUUUUAAUAGCUAGACAUACAAAAUGUUCGAUGCAGUAUAUCUUUAAUUAUACACAGCGGCAGAAUAUUUAAUUUUUGUGAUAGCCUUCCCCGUUCAUGGAAGAUGAAGCACAGUUCUUGUAAAUAAUAAGUAUGAUAGAUAGGGUAGGGUAUCUCCUAGUUAGGCACUCACAAGUAGAGCACUCGUACAUGUUUUGUUUAAUUCGUAUAUUUAAUUUUAUUUGUUAAGAAAUAUUCCUAAUGAAAACAGUUUAUAAAAGUACCGAUACAACUAUUAUGCAACCGCUCUCUCACUCUCAAGAAAUGCCGUGUAGAAGCUGCAAAAUGCAAUAAGAUAAAAAGCGGUUCAACUGGUUCUCGAAUAAUUGAAUAUGCUUAGAGUGGACAACUGAAUCGUGUUAGCUUAUUCUUAGUUGAGCUACAAAGCAUUAAGCACGUGCCGAAUCAAGUCUAUGAAAUAAAUAAGCUAUCAUUAAAAAGAGGAAAAUGAUAUCCUACGUUUUGGCUAUCCAUCUACUUCUGAUCGUUUUUUUCUGCACAGCAUUACCAGAUAGAAUCAAGAAAUGUCGUUUCGGAGAUGAGAAAUGCAUGGUUAAGUCCAUAAACGACAUCAUCAAAAAAUAUCCAAAAGGAAUACCCGAAUUGGGCAUUAAACCAAUCGAUGUGGUUGAUAUAAAGGACACAGAACUCUUAAAAUCAAAUCGAACCGGAUUUCUUUGGGCAUCAGUCAGUCUGAGUAAUCAAAUAAACUAUGGCUUCGAAAACACAACCAUUACAAGUGUUAAGGGAUUCGAAAAAAAUCCCAAGGCUAGUCAAAUUAUAAUCUCUGGACGUAUACCCAGUUUGGUGCACAAGGGCUCUUUUGUUGCGAAUGGACACCUCUGGCUGGUUGAAAUGAAUUUAACUGGGGACUCGAUCUCGGAGUUUCAAAACAUGCGUUUCACCUUGAAACUGAAAGUCUCACUUGAUUUCCGAAAUAAUAAACGAUACUUGAACAUCUACCAGCUGACUCCAAUUGUCAAAAUCGAUCGCUGGAUUUUAGAGAUGGACAGCCUUUUUACAGAAAACACCGAUCUUACCAUUAUUUUAAACCGUUUGUUCAACCAACGUUGGAUUGAGGUGUGGAAUGAAUGGGAACCAAGUAUAUUGGACACAUUUGCCAGUGUCUUUAUCGGCAUGAUCAAAGGUAUAUUCAAUGAAAUUCCUUACGACGACUUGUUUCUGCCAGAUGACAUUUAAUUCUUCUAUAUUUAUUUAUAUUCUCAUAUGUGCUAACUGUAAAAAGAUCUGUAAAUUUUAUAGCAGUUAAUACUUAUUUUUUGGCUUUUGUAAAGUUUUCGGUUCUGUUCUUCUAUAUAUCCUCACAGAAUUAUCGAUCUGUAGAGAUAUUGUGACUGGACCGAUAGAUGUCUAAAUUAUAAUUAUUAUUAUAGCAAUAUUAGGAAAACAAAUUGUAUCUAAAAUAUGUUCAAUUUAUUGCUAUUAAAGUAAAUUUUUGAUUAAUUCUUUGAACAAGUUAAUAUAACUAUUAAUAAUUUUCCCUUGCCCUGCACAUCCUGAAAAGCUCAUCAAAUUAAACGAUUCGCGACCCAGCCUCUGUUGCGCCGAGCCAAAUACGUAGGCAUUUAGCGAAACGUUUAUUUCAUUAUUACGCUGAGGGGGAUAUCACCCACUGCAUAUAAAACCACUGCAUUGGUAGCCGGCGCACAAAAGUCAAAUUGAAAAAGUCAGAAAUGUUUCCGGCAUUUGAGCGCGAAACCCCAAACAAAAGCCCGAAGGGUGACUAAAGUGGCCCACCCACGGGGGUUGGCUGGCAUCAUUGACAAAGUAAAAACCGUAGCGGAAGGACUAGCAACAAACCAACCAGGCCCACCACCAAGCAUCCAGUCAACCAACUCACUCAGUCCCAGCAAAAAAAUAUAAAUAAACCCAUGCCAAAACAUGAAGCGAAACAAGUUAUAGUGCUCUGGCCAAAGGUGCUCGACUAGGCGAUAUCCUGCAUCCACCUCUUAGUGGACCUUAUGAUACUGAUUGACUUCCCUAUUCCGCGCACUCAAUAUCGCCAUCUAAUAUGUAAAUAUACCAAAAACCAUGCAUACAUCAUACAUCCAAUAACCGUCAUGAUGGGUUCCUAUUAUCUUACCUCUCAGAAUUGAGUUAAUAUUGAUAAUUUAAAGGUAUAGUACUCAUACUCAAACAGGCUAAAGGACAAAUUGACUUGGCUAGAACGACUCGGCUUAUAAUGCUGAUCUUGACAUACACGUUACGGGAUUUAUCUGCCUGUUACAUGCUAAUCUAAUAUACCCAUUCUAAAUGACUACAGGGUAUCAAAAGGCUGGCACUUGUGCUGUGCGCCAACCCCCCGCGAACCGACCUCAAAUCACAUGCAUAAGGUUUUUAAGUUUCGUGCUUUGUCAUAUAAGUGCGUGGAGGACGAUCUGUAGAUACAGUUGUAAAGAUAUGGUAACAGGCGCAUAAUGUGACAGCAUUGCCAGAUCCGGGGUGAGCGACAGGGAGACACAAUAGCGGUACACAUGUUUAGGCGUUGCCAGCCGCUGAUUACAAUUGCUUAAGGGGGGGCUGUGACAUAGUCUCUCUAUGCGA